AAAAAAAAAAAAAGCUCUUCGCUGGCAAUAAACGUGCGUGCUGGGGAGAAAUUUGCCGUCUCUGGAGUCCAUAUACUUCCUAGCGCACCUUUCCCCCGCUGUCUGCGGCCAGGCAUGGAUUAGGUGGAUGCAGAGCGCCAUUUUGGUUACUAUGGCAUCCCAUGAGGAGAUUACUGUCUGUGAAGAUGAAGUAAGGUCUCGGUACAGCUACUUGGAGAAGAUGACAGAUUUGGUGGCUGUGUGGGAAGUAGCUUUAAGUGAUGGUGUUCAUAAGAUUGAAUUUGAACAUGGGACCACUUCAGGAAAACGUGUUGUCUAUGUUGAUGGAAAGGAAGAAAUAAGAAAAGAAUGGAUGUUUAAAUUAGUGGGUAAAGAAACAUUCCCUGUUGGAGUGUCCAAAACAAAAGCUACUAUUAACAUUGAUGCUGUCAGUGGCUUUGCAUAUGAAUAUACUUUGGAGAUCAAUGGAAAGAGCCUCAAGAAGUAUAUGGAGAACAGAUCAAAAACAACCAAUACUUGGGUACUGAGCUUGGGUGGUACAGACUAUAGAGUUGUUCUAGAAAAGGACACUAUGGAUGUGUGGUGCAACGGUCAAAAAAUGGAAACAGCGGGUGAAUUUGUAGAAGAUGGGACUGAAACUCACUUCAGUGUUGGUGAUCACAGCUGUUGCAUUAAGGCUGUCAGCAGUGGAAAACGGAAGGAAGGAAUUAUUCAUACCCUUAUUGUUGAUGACAGAGAAAUCCCAGAGGCUGUGGAGUAGCUGCUAGUUAACUGAUUAUUGUAGGACAAAGAUCAGGAAUUUUCAAUUACUGUGGUAAUUAUUUUAAUAUGGACUACUUGGUACAUUUAGUUUGUGCUGGGUUUAUUUUCUAGUUUCUUCAUAUGGAAUUAUUCUUUUUGAGGACCAGAUGAAAAUAACUACACAUAACCUCUUACAUUACCCUUUUUUAAAAAAAUAUAUAUAUUCUAUCACUAAGUGCAGAGAACACUGGUGAACUUAAGCAGAAAUUAUAUACUAGAAAAAAUCUUGCUAAAAUAAAAUGGAAGAUAAAUAUUCAGUAAGACUGAAUCCUUAUAAACUGCAGGUGUAUGUGGAGGGAGGAGGAAGUAUGUUCUGGGCAUCUGAGUAAGCUGUUAAAGUCUUCUCAAUAAUUAUUUUUUUUAUUAAACUGACUACCCAAGUUUUUCAGAUGCAGUUAAGAGGAGUUACAAAGCUAAUGAAAAGGUUAUUAAUGAAAUACAUUGUUACUAGUACUUGUGUAACAGUAUUAAAAUAUAUGAGCUAUGAAAACUCUUCUUUAUUCCAAGUAGGAGAAAAGUUAUUACAUUGUGCCAAAAAAAAAAAAAAGAUCCAUACAGUUUUCUGGAAACUGAUACGUGUUAGAAAUUGUUGCAGUAGUUCACAAACUGUACAGAGUUUUUUCAAAAAAGAAAACAGGAAAAAAAAAUUCCUGCCAUGAAAAUGAAACCUCUUGAAGCAAGCUGAAAUAAGAGCUUAUUUUUGUUCA